AUAUUAGUGCAAUAUGUGAUGAAUCCAUGCUUGAAAAGUUAAUGCCAGAUUCUGUAAACUUAAUGUUAAUAUCAGUAACAAGCUCUCUUGUUGCUUCGAUGACAUGCUUAAACAAAGAUGCUUUAGCGAAA